AAGGGUUAAUUAAUGUUGCAGCGGAACCUUUUCAGAUUAGUUUGGCAUUUACGGUAUUGAUUAUGUGGAUGCAAUUGUUACUGCUGAUGAGAUAUUUUAAAUAUGUGGGACACUACAUUUACAUCAUUAUCCACAUUUUAAAUUCCAUCUGGCCUUUCUUUGCAUUUAUGUUAAUCGUUGUGAUUGGAUUUGGACAUGCAAUGUUUGUUUUAUUACACAAAGCGGAUCCAUCCUCGUUCAGAAUUGAUUCCUACUCUAUUGUCGACCCUAAUAACGUAACCAAUAAUCUCUUUCCCGACUAUCAAAUUCAACAUCAAGUUAAUCAGAAUUCCAGACUCGAUAAUUAUUAUUCAUUCUUCUUUUCUUCAGUCGAGGCAGUUUUCUUUUGGACUAAUGGGCGUUGGGAUCAAAUUAACCAAUGGGAUAAUUACGCACUUGAUGUGAUGACCAUUUUAGGAAGCUUA